AAUGUAAGAAUCUAUCUAUGUUAUCAAUGCUAUGGAUAGAAGUACGCAUUGGGUCUCACAUUGUAAUUCGAAAUGUGGUUCAGAAAUCUAAAUCAUUUGGAACGCAGUUACUUUUCUUCAGUACGCUACUGCGCUACAAAUAAUUCCAAAUCCUUCAAAUCAACUGCUGAAAGUAAAAAUCACUCAUGUCUUGAUGGAAAAUUAAAAAUGGUUGGCUGGCAAAUACACAAUUAUGGUCAUACUGAAGAACUGCAGUACGCGAAGGGUCUAAGGAUGCCGCAGAUCCAAAGUUCUUCUGACUGUUUGGUUCGCGUUCACGCUACGACAGUUAAUCCUAUUGAUGUUGCAAUGUUGGAAGGGUAUGGAUCGAAAAUGUUCAACAUGUUGCGAUGUAAAUUUUCAAGUGCGAUAGAAUUUCCUUUAAUCCUGGGCCGUGAAUUUUGUGGCGAAGUUAUACAAUGUGGAAUGGGAGCCAAAAAUGGAGUUCGAGUGGGUGAGCGAGUAUGGGGUGUGGUUCCUCUGCAAUUAAAUGGAUCACAUGCCCAAUACGUUGUUGUACCGGAUUAUUGCUUAUCAGCAGCUCCCAAAGGUUUAUCUAAUGAACAAGCAGCAUCUGUUCUCUAUGGCGGACUGACCGCAUGGUCUGGGCUUUACGUUACUGGUCGCUUAGGCGGCAUUUGUGGUGCAAUAUCCAGUACAGGCGGCGGUGCAAAUAAACGAGUUUUGGUGAUGGGUGGCUCUGGUAGUGUAGGGUCAUUGACAAUACAAAUAUUAAAAUCACAAAAGGCUACUAUAUUUGCAACUUGCAGUGAAGAUGCAAUUGAACUAGUAAAAAAUCUAGGUGCAGAUUAUGUUGUAAACUAUAAAAAUGCCACAGAGUUCGAUGCGUUGAGCAGCUAUGCACCCUUCGAUAUUGUCUUGGACUGCGCGGGUCAAGGAAUAGAGCAGGCUAAUAAAAUUCGUUUCCCGUUUCGUCAAUAUAUAACAUUUUCACCCCCUUUUGUACGAAACUUGGACAAUUUGGGCUUUGGUUUGGGAAUGAUAAAAAAUGUUACCGAUAUGGUCGAAACAAAUACAAAGGCUAUAUAUUCAAAUGGUGGGCUAUUGAAAUGGGGCUUCUUUACGCCAGCUCCGCAAGGAAUUGAACUGCUUUCGCAAUUGGUAGAGAAGAAACAGCUGUUGCCGCUCAUUGAUAGUUCGUUUACUUUUGAACAGUUGCCGGACGCUUUUGAUAAGAUGCAACGAGGGCAUUUGCGUGGCAAACUUGUAAUAACUGUGCCUUAAUUAACAUUUAUAAUGAGCAAAGUUUUAUAUCGAAGUCUAGCUUUUAAAAGGCAGGUAUGUAUACGAUACAAAUUUUCCCACAGUGUUCCGUUCUGCGUACCCCAAUGAGUUCUCCCCUCUCCAAAUAUAGCUGAAACUUUUAAUUUUCGAGUUCUUUGAAGUUAGUUUUUUUUAAUUUGUUAACCACAAAACGGCUUUUCCGUAUGAAAAUGAGUACUGAUCUCUAUUGUUUUACUUUCACACACACUUUAUAUAAUUUAAAGCAGUUAGUACCUUUUUUACUUUAAUUAUUAUUUAUAAAAUCUUAAUAAAAUAAUUAAUUUGUACUCCGCAAUGGAAAAAAGUUGUUCGAAUUCGCCAAACACAAUUAUGAAAAUGAAAAUGCUACGACAGAUAAUGGAAACAGACAAGGUGUAAUAAUUUAUAUUUGGCGGCUGUCGUAGCCGGAUGGGUUGGUGCGUGACUACCAUUCGGAAUUCACAGAGAGAACGUAGGUUCGAAUCUCGGCGAAACACCAAAAUUAAGAAAAACAUUUUUCUAAUAGCGGUCGCCCCUCGGCAGGCAAUGGCAAACCUCCGAGUGUAUUUCGUCCAUGAAAAAGCUCUUCAUAAAAAAUAUCUGGCGUUAGGGGUCGGCUUAAAACUAUAGGUCGCUCCAUUUGUAGAACAACAUCAAGACGCACACCACAAAUAGGAGAAGGAGCUCGGCCAAACACCCAAAAAGGGUGUAACGUGCCAUUAUAUAUAUAUUAUAAUUUAUAUUUAAUCGUUUCGAUUAAUUUUUCAAAUAUAUCUUCAAUUGAUUGCUAAUUAAUAUGGCUAAUUAUUUGGCAAUUUAGUAUAUAUAUUACUUCAGCGUCGUUUAGCUUCUCUGCAUUUAAGUAUCUUUGUCUGAUUUCCUUCAGUACAGGGCACCUUCCUAAGAAGUGAUACAUGUCUUCUUCUUCGUUUGAGUUGCAUAGUGUGCAAAUUUUUACGGCGUUUCCAUAAGCUAUUGCAUUCAGUUUUAACAAACCACAUCUUGCUUUAAAUAUUGUUGUUAAGUCAGUUAACCGCAUAUCUUCUCUAAAGUAUGAUUCUCCUUUUGAGUGAUCUAAGUGUUUAUAUAUUCGUGUGGUGAUUGAUAGUGCUUUUUGUUUUGCCGUGUUUAAAUUUUAAUUAAUAAAAGCUGGGUACAGCGAUCUUGCCAGCCCGUAUCAGUUAUGUUUUAUUCAAGCUUUAGGCCAAACUCCAUAUCUAAGUCAUUGAGUUUUUUGAGCCAAAACACGUUUGUUCGUAAUUUGCACUGUGUAACUUUGUGCGGGAGUCUACUGCUGUUGUAAUUAUAGAUAGUUUUCCAAAUGUAUUUCAUAUGUAAUAUAGUUCUAACGAAUAUAAGUAGCUAUGUUCUACGUUAGUUUCUAGCGUUAUUGCAUAAUUCGGGGUGAAGUCAGGUGAUUUGAAAAUUCUUUUAAUAAAAUAACGCUGAAGUUUAUUUACUUCUUCGAACAGCGUAUAACCCCAUAUUUGAGCGGCAUAUGCUUGUAUGGCUCUGCACACAGCCUGAAACAGCUUCCAUUUAGCUUUGUAUGAGAUGUAUGGCUUAGCUAAGAAAUUGUUCCAUGUACUAUUAAUGCUAGCUUUUGCUGAAUUAGCAAACGCCAUUUUGGAUGUGAGAAUGACACCAAGAUAUUUAUAUUCUGCUACCACUUUUAUUUCCUCAAUUUGUACCACCAUUUUUCUGCCUUGGCUAGUUGGCCACCUUUUCUAAAGACCAUCAUCUCAGAUUUCAUUAAAUUUACUUCCAUGUUCCAUUCAGCGCAAUAUCUUUCUAGUUUUUUAAUCAUAGAUUUGCGAGACAUUAUGAUAAUCAGCUAAGAGACAAAUAUUAUCAGGCGUACAUUUAUUCCAUCAAUCAGUAGACCACCUUUCAAACAGUCAUGUAGAUCAUUCAGGUAUAAUGUGAAGAGCAAAGGUGAUAACGGACAACCUUGUUUCACCCCUGUACCGGUUUCAAAGUAAUCUGAUACUUCCCUUCCUGUCCAAACUGCUGUUUUCGUAUUCGAAUAUAUAUUUUCAAUCAGAUUUGUUAUUUUGUUGGAUAAUCCUAUCUGUCGAAGUUUGUAAAUUAAUGGCCUCCUGGGUACCCUGUCGAAAGCCACUUUGAAAUCCACAAAGUAUGCAUAAACUUUUUUGUUUUCGUUAAACUUUAAAUGUACUAUAGAUGCAAGAUUUUAUAUGUUAUCCACCGUUGAGAAGUUUUUUCUAAAGCCGGCUUGAAAUUCAGUGAGCAUGUUAAUGUUUUCUAUCCAGUUUGUAAGUCUUUCAUUAAUCAAUCCCAUUAAAACUUUUGCAAUACAGUUCAUAAAGGAUAUUUUCCUAUAGUUACUUGCUAUAUUUGCAUUUCCUUUUUUUAAUAUUGGGGAAAUAUUGUUUUAAAUAAUGCUUCGUCGAUUCUUCCGGUCUCGAAGAUGAUGCUGAAUACUUUCGUUAGCUCCAAGAUAAAUUCUGUUGAGGCAGCCUUUAGUAGCUCAUAAGGGCAUUCCCAUGGCAGCCGGUUCUACGUUACCGGAAUGACUCGGGUUUUUCCCGACCAAGGGCUGCCGCCUCAGUGAACAGCCCUGUCUAGUGAACAGCAUAUCACCCCACCCCUUACGUCACAGGAGCAACUCCUUGCAGCAACCUUGCUCCAAAUGCUUCUCCUCAGGGCUGGAAUUGAAUCCAACCCUGGGCCAGAAGUAUUCUAUUGCUGCGUCUGCCAUAAACGGCUCCAUCCGACUUCCACCUCGGUUAGGUGCAACAAGUGCAACGGGUGGAGCCAUCUUAAGACCUGUUCAGGCCUUAAGACCCAUAGGGAGUGGUCCACACGGUAUGUGGCCUCGUGUUGCUCCCGCCAGCAGGCGUUCAAUGCCUCCACGAUCGUCGUAAUACCUACAUCAAUUUUUACCCGAUUGGCCACACCAACGUAGCGCAUCGGCAUUUACUCACUGGAGGUUCCCCUGCUUCCAGUCUUUUCUGCUCCAGAUUAGAAUCAGCGGAGCAUUUCCUCAAUGAAUGUUUAAUUUUGGAGAGAUUAAGGAAAAAACACUUUGGCUUUGCGAACCCAGCGGCUACUCUAAAAUAUGUAACAUCGCAAAACAAUUUAUAUAUAUAUAAUUUCAUCCAAGAAAGCAAUUUAAGUAUAUGAAAUUUUGUAAUAAUGUAUGUAAUGUAUAAUUUUAGUUCUAAUUAUCUUUAUACUUCACGUACUUCAUAUGUAUCUAUAAUACUACUUAACAUUAAACUAAAGAGUCGAUGGCCUAAGCUGCUUGUACUCUAUUUCUUUAGUAUACUUUGUACUUCUGUAUUUUAUA